AGAGGUUAAAAUAUUUUGGGUCACGUGAUAUACCAUUUCCACUUGAACAGCAAACUUCUGUGUUGAAGGAAAGAUGGAGGUUGUUGUAAGAUUAGUUUCGUUGUGUUUAUUUUAUGUAUCCCUUGUGUUGGGAGUAGAGAUUAUUGAUGUGGUAGAACAGUCGGUAUUCGGUCAGGGAAAUGAAUGUUAUGGUACCCACGUAGGUUUCGGUUACUCGGGGGGUGCCGAGUUUCACUAUGAAUCCCUGAUAAGGAGGUACCAGGGAUGUAAGCAUGUGGAAGGGAAUCUAGAGAUCACCAAUCUCCAAUCCUCAGCGAAAAUCUCGUACGACCUCUCGUUCUUAUCGAAAAUUGAAGUUGUGACGGGCUACGUUCUCAUUGGUCUGUUGGACGUGGAGUCCAUUCCUCUGACUAGUCUGAAGUUAAUUCGCGCCGAUAACAUGUUCAACAUCAUGGGGAAGGAUUAUGGUCUCGUUGUGGCCUUCACGGACUCCACAGGGAACAACCAGAAGGGACUGAGAGAGCUGCAGCUCCCGGCAUUGAGGGAGAUUUCCAAUGGACGCGUAUUAUUUCUGCAGAACCCGCUGCUGAACUAUGUGAACACUAUUUCCUGGAACGGCAUCGUCCCGGGAGUGUCAGACCCAGUCACAUACGGCGAAAGUGCCUAUAAUAUGACUAGUCUUGAAGUAUGUGACGCUGCCUGUACGAACGGAAACCAGCGCUACUGUUGGGGAAAAGGACCUAAUAUGUGUCAAUCUGUACACUACCCAGUGUGUGACGAAUUGUGUCCAGGUCGGUGUUAUGACAGUACGAUAGUAGGAUGUUGCCAUCCAGAGUGUGCUGUUGGUUGCACGGGACCAAGCAACGUCGACUGUUUUAUGUGUAAAUAUUUCAAGUCUGACUCUCUGUGUGUGUCCAGUUGUCCUUGGGAAGUGUCUGCACGCAAUGGACAAGAUUGCCUCAAGAAAUGAUGCAGAGGCGAUGUUUUUGGAGUUGGGAUUUGCACAUGUGAAGGAUCAAAUCAACUUGUAUGUGCCAAACACUAAUAGGUGUCUCAAAUUCAGCGUUGGUUCAGCAUGAGAAACACAUUCAUAAAGUUUCAUUUAAAGUGUCCCUUUCCCUGUGCCAAACUUCACUUGUCCCUGUGGUUGUACAUUCCCCGUUCAUUUAAUCAUGGUGAUAUAAUUUAUUUUAAAGCUAUACAUGUUAUAGACCAAGUUACCCAACAAGCGUCAGUUCAUGGCUUCCCAUAUAUUCUGGGGGAUUUUAAAAAUAUUUUAAUGAAUCAUUAUUGUACAUAAGUUGUGUAUAGAACUGUAAAACAUUCAUUAUAUAUCGUAUUUAAGGAAUAAAUGCCUGUUUUGUUUGUUACAUGGGGAUCUAAAAAAAAAUUAGAGACAUGGAGUAAUUUGCAUAAGGAAACCAACUUUCCCUAUAUAUUCGAUAUAUUAUACACAAAAUGGAUUUUUUUCCUUGUACAUGUAUUUUGUAAUUUGACUCGUUUCUUUCAUAUUUUUUGUCAAGAUGAAAGUUCACUUUUGUGUCACAUUUGGUUUUUUAUGGACAUAAUUACAAAUCAAAAGUUUACUACUGAGAAAUCAUUAUUAAGAUGGAUCAAUCCUCAUAUAGAUUAUAAAUAUUAUUGGUUGCAUGUGGAAAAAUUGUAUUAAUUUCCACUCAAUGUAGUUUAAUUUAAUUGAUAACUAAAGAAAAUGUGUAUGUUGCCACAUUUUUAAAGAUGUUAGACAUGCAAAAACAGAAGUACAUGUAUAUAUCAGCAUUUUAAAAAAUCACACAUUUUCGUUAAACAGAAUAAUAAAAAUAGAUAAAAACUUUUCGAAAUGACAAACUCUAAACGUCAACAGUUUAAAAAAAAACUGCUAAUUCAUAAAUAUGUAAAACUUAAUUUUGUAUAUUAGGGAAAUCAUUGUAUAAUAGACAUGCAGUAGAGGAAAUGCCAGCAUAGGAGUUAUUGCCCUUUACCAAAUUUUGUUUUAUAAGUAAUUGAUUAUCUAUGGAAAAUAAACAAUUUUUCAGUAUCAAUAGUUUUCCAGUAUUUUUAUUUUAUCCAGUGAAUAAAAUUCCUCUGAAAGACAUUUCUAUCAUGCGCAAAGUUUAAUUCAAAUAAAGAUUUUUCAAUAACCUAUGACGUCACAUAGGAUCGAUCUACCUUAAAUAUAAUAAUUCAUUCUUGCUGCUACAUUGAAGGACUAUUUUUACCAAGAUGUUACAUAUAUGUAUGUAGAUUUAAAAUAAAUUCGCUAUCAAAGA